GUCUCUAUUUCUGUAGAGUAGAAAGCAAAAUGGGACUGUUAACAGUUGCAGCUGCAGUUGCCGGUGCUGGCGGGGCAGUAGCAGCAGCCCCGCUGGUUUUGACGGCUGUCGGAUUCACUGCGACAGGGAUCGCUGCCGGUUCCAUUGCCUCAUCAAUGAUGGCUUCAGCCGCCGUAGCUAACGGUGGUGGUGUGGCAGCCGGCAGCCUUGUGGCUCUAUUGCAGUCUGUUGGUGCAGCAGGUCUUUCCGCGGGAGGAACAGCUGCCGUCGCAAGCGUAGGAGGGACAGUUGGUACUGCUGCUGCUUGGAUCGCCGCUCUUGUGUAACAGCGACCUCUUCAGCUCUGCCACAACAACUAAUCCAGGGAGCUCAUAAGAUAUAAUUUAUGUCUGAAAGGGUGUUGUGUAAUAAUUUUUUUUUCUAAAUUCUUGCUGCCUCGAAUUCACGAAUGUACAAACAAACAAAUAAAUAACAAAACAGUCAAAAACAACUUAACUGCUCUUAGCUAUUAGUAAAUAUAAUGCAUUUAAUUAAAGUCUUACUGAACACUAAAGGCCUGCCCCAAAGAUAUAUUGUAACAGUUCUACAGAACAGUGAUAAAUACUGGACAUGCAGAACUGUGUAGCUCUGAUACACAUUGUCUAAGACCAUUUGUAGUUUUGAAACAUCAGCUGCUCAACAUCAUUUGACAGAGUGGACGAUAUGAAAUUCUGGCUUUUGAUAUUUUGAAUGGAUGUAGAACUGAAACUAUUUCAGCAAAAAUGUAGGAAUCAUUUAGAAUUGCAAUUAGCCCAGGCUCCAAUAAAACAACCAUACCAGUUAUUUUAAUCAAAAUGAAAACGUGAGGAAUAAAAGUUUGUC